AUGUUGCAACUACGCGGAACCAUCUCGGUGGCCGUUUUGGUCAUAGUACUGGCGGUGUUAGUUUCCGAGGGAUCUGCUGGACGUAAAAAUAAGGGUACUACGUUUGGACCUUGUCGUAAAUUGUGCAAGAAGGCAAAGUUUGGCAAACGUUGCAAAAAUGUUUGCUAUCUUAAACCGGGUCGCAAAUGUGGCAAAAGAUGUCUUGAGGGCUGUUGGCGGGGAAAAUUGAAAAAAUUAGAAAAUGAGCUCAGAUUUUGCAUGGCAAAUUGUACCACUCCUCCUACACCCCCUCCUCCGGUUACCUGUGCUCGUCCUAACCCAUACGCACCAGUAUAUGGAAGAAUGGUCCUCAGCAGUGAUACUGAGCCGUAUUACCAAGGGGAAGUGCUUCGAUUCGUAUGUGACAUAGGUUACUUUAUGGUCGGGAAGAGCUAUAUCACAUGUUUGAGUAAUGGAUAUUGGGAUAGUUCUGUCCCAACCUGCAAGAAGCGAUAUCGUCCUCCACCCCCUCCAAUACCACCGCCACCUCCAAUUUGUCAUUGGGGACCUUGGGGCAGCUGCACACAGUAUGGAGAGUGCGUUGGGAAUGCACUUCCUCCGACGUCACAAUGCCAUAGACCUGGUACUAUAACGUGUUACCAAACGCGCAAGUGUCUUUGUAAAGGGCAUCCUCGCUUUGGAAAUUGUAUUGGAUCUUCGAAAGAGUAUAAAUCAAAUCCGUGCUGUUUGCCACCUACAGCUACUCCCCCACCUCCUCCCCCAACAAUAACCUGUGCUCGUCCUAAACCAUACGCACCAGUAUAUGGAAGAAGGGUCCUCGGCAGUGAUACUGAGCCGUAUUACCAAGGGGAAGUGAUUCGAUUCGUGUGUGACUUAGGUUACUAUAUGGUCGGGAAGAGCUAUAUCACAUGUUUGAGUUAUGGAUAUUGGGAUGGUUCUGUCCCAACUUGCAAGAUGCGACAUCCUAUAACGUUACCACCACCGCCAAUGUGUAACUGGGGGCCUUGGGGUACCUACACAGCAUACGGACAGUGUGUGAGAAAUAAUUUAGCUUGGACGUCACAUUGUCAUGUACCUGGUACAUCAACAUGUUACCGAACCCGUCAAUGCCUUUGUCAGAAUUAUCAUGGCUUGAGGAAUUGUAUUGGAUCUUCAAAAGAGUAUAAAACAAAGCCGUGCUGUUUGCUAUCUCCAACUUCUCCCCCAACACCACCACCUUCAAUCUGUAACUGGGGACAUUGGGGUGCCUACACAGCAUAUGGACCGUGUGUUAGAAAUAAUUUAGCUUGGACGUCACAUUGCCAUGCACCUGGUGUAUCAACAUGUUACCGAACCCGUCAAUGCCUUUGUCAGAAUUAUCAUGGCUUGAGGAAUUGUAUUGGAUCUUCAAAAGAGUAUAAAACAAAGCCGUGCUGUUUGCUAUCUCCAACUCCUCCCCCAACACCACCACCUUCAAAACCACAGUGUGGUCAUUGGGGAGAGUGGAUGGAUGUUCCUACUAAAUGCGAUCCACCAGCUGGUUGUGUGCCGAUUCCGGGAAAACGUGAAGUGCAUGAUUCGAUGAAGAAACGUGCGACUCAAUGUACUAUGACAAACUAUGACUGUCAAGUUGUGAGACAAUGUAUACCAUGCAGUGGAAAACGAUGGGUUCAACAAUGCAAUGGCGUCUCCUACACAACGGUGAAGCGUUUAUGCUGCGUCGCCAUGACAACACCUCCACCGACAACAACAACAACAACAACAACAACUGGAACAACCAAUGGACCGUAAACCAAAUAAGUCAU